AUGGGUCACAAAAAUUUGUGGCGGAUCGGCGCCACUGCACGGGACCGAAUGUUUUCUAUGCCAAAUUCAAAACAAACUACACCUUUAGGAAUGAUGAUUUCGGAUAAAGGCAAAAUUAAACGAGGGCGCCUUAUGGUGAUAAUGUUAGGAAUUUUGACAUUAGCAAUGGGAAUUCUGUUAUCAAGUAUUCCUUGGAUAGACUAUAUAAUUUUAAAGAAUUUAAGGCUGUGGAAUGGUUCGUUAAGUUACCAUUACUGGCAAAAGCCAGGUGUAGUCCGUUUAACUAAAGUUUACAUCUUCAAUAUUACGAAUCCAGACGGAUUCCUCAAUGGAGAAAAACCAAAGCUAGCAGAAGUUGGACCUUUUGUAUACAGGGAGGAUAUGGAGAAAGUUAACAUUAAAUUCCAUGACAACUAUACUGUAACUUAUCAACAUAAUAAAAUUUUGAAAUUCGUGCCAGAACUGUCGAUAGACCCCAACACGAGGGUCCUAGUGCCAAAUAUUCCUCUGCUGACGUUAACCACGCAGAGCAACUACCUCGGUUAUUUCCUGCAGAAAGCGAUAUCGCUCGCGUUACUUCUUGCGAAAUCGGAACCGUUUGUCAGCGUGACGGCAGACGAGUUGGUUUUCGGAUAUGACGACACGUUGGUCACGUUGGCCCAUCGAUUUUAUCCGAAACACAAAAGGCCCAUGAGCAAGAUGGGCCUCCUCAUUGGGCGUAAUGGUACCCUAAACGAAGUUUCGACAAUUCACACAGGCCAUUCCGAUAUGAAAGAAUUUGGCUUGUUAAACCGUUUAAAUGGUUUGGACCACCUGCCUUACUGGGACUCAUCUCCUUGUAGUGAUGUCAGGGCUUCUGAGGGAUCAUUUUUUCCUCCAAGAGUUUAUACUGGGGCCGAUAUUGUUCAUGUUUAUGACAAAGAUCUUUGUCGUAUAUUACCUCUGCAAUACAGAGGACCAGUGGUAAAAGAUGGUUUGACUGCUGAUCUCUACACGCCUCCAGAUAAUGUCUUUGGUGGAAAUGAAACAAGUGCUCCAGAUAAUCAAUGUUUUUGCGAUUCAAAGCACUAUUGUCCGCCUAAGGGUUUGCAGAACAUUAGUCCUUGCCAGUAUGAUGCACCUGUCUAUAUAUCGUUCCCUCAUUUCUAUCAGGCUGAUGAAACUUUUCUCAAUGACGUUGAGGGUUUAAAGCCCGUGCAAGAAAAACAUGAAACUUUUUUCAAAAUUCAACCGAAACUUGGAGUGCCAGUCGAAGGAAAAGUUCGGGUGCAACUAAAUUUGCGAGUCGAACAAGCUAAAAAUGUAGCAUCGGUUCAUAAAUUUCGAAGUAUUAUGUUCCCAGUCAUGUGGUUAGAAGAGGGUGUAGGCGAACUAACUCCCGGCAUUCGGCGUUGGAUUCUACUAGCUACAGAUGUGGCAGACGUGGCAGGUCCCUUACUGAACUACUCCUUAAUCAUCACCGGUUGCUUCUGUCUGAUCUACGUUUUUGUGGUCACCUAUCGAGGAGUUGUCGUCGAAACAAUCGCCGUAGACCCAUUAGAAAUCGUAGAGAUGGGAAGAAGAAGUUUAAGACGAGGUUCUAAAUUCAUAGAGAAUAGUCAACAUAAGAUCGCUUCAUCUCUAAACAGAGGCGACAGCUACACAUUGCUCAGUUCCAAUGGAGGAAUAAAUGGUGACGAUGAUAAUUGAAGGUUGAAUGAUGGAAUGAUGGAAUGAUUGUAUUAUAGGGUAAAAGAUUGACUUUACAGAAUUAUUCGUAUACAGAUAGGUUUAAAAAUGAAUUUAGUAUAAUAUUAAUAGAUUAUCAAAUUGCGUAGUAAAAUUUGAGUAAUUCAAACAAACUAAUCAGGUUUAGUGUAAUUUACUUGACAAUACGUAUCCGGAUUUUAACUUUUUUUUCAAUGCAGCAAAUCGUAUCUAGACAUAAAAUGCAGAGAGAAUGAAGCAAUAUGAUUAUUAGUAAGGUGACCAUACGUCCCGGUUUGGCCGGGACAGUCCCGGAUUUCCACCUUGUGUCCCGGGUUUUUCUAAAAGCAAUAUUUGUCCUGGAUUUAGAUCUUUUGUCGCGGAUUGUCCCAGAUUUUCGAAAAGUAUAGGUCUAAAAUGAAUAUUUUUCUUACUUGAUAAUAAAAUUGCAA